CAAAAAUCAAAAUUUCUAAAUGUUUGUGCAACGAAAUUUACAAUAUUUUUGGUGUAGAAAAAGUAGUUGUCGCAUUAAGUGUAACGCCUAAAAGUGUCAAACGUUUCCAUCGGGAAUUGUGGUGUUUAAAAAAAUUAUGGCCUCUUCGCUGUUGGCCCUGAGCGACUUAAUCAAUUUUCAAUUGGAGCGCCUUAAACUAGAUGAAUUCAAGUACAAAGAUGAGCUGCAAUUGCUGCGACAAUUGGUUGAACUGGACGCCAUUUGGCAAAUGCAGCCACUUCAACUCCAAAGGAAGCAGCAAAUACAGCAACAAACAAAUCAAAAAUUCCAUAAGCAACCAUUCCAAUAUCAACAACAGCAACACCAACAACACAUACAGCAGCAGCAGCAGCAACGCUCAAAAGGAUUACAACAACAUCAGCAACAACAACUACAGCAACAUAAACAAAACCUACACCAGUGCCAGCAAUAUCAGCAAAAAGUGCCAACAUCAAUAUCUGAUGUGGAGCUCGGUGCAAGUGCUGCUUCUUUCACGACUGGACAACAAUUUGGUGGCAGUCUUGGCGCUGGCAUUAGUAGCAUUACUUACGGUGUUAGUGGAAGCGAAAAUACGGAAAUUGAAAUUGGUGCAGUGGGAGGCGCCGGUGUUACUAGCAGUCAAAUAUCACUCGCUUCAAGUGACCUACAAAAAGGAUUCAAAGCCCACGUCCUUGAAUGGUUUCAACAGUUGCGACAACAAACAUCUAAUUUCAAAAAGGAUGAGGAGUCCAGACGCUUACGAGAGUCCGGUAACGAUUCCUAUCGAAGGGAACGCCAUGCACUUAAGGCUUGUGAUUUUUAUACGGAAGCUCUAUUUCGAGCGACUUUGGAUAAUAGCAUUACAAUCGCAAUGGCUCAUGCAAAUCGCUCGACUGUAUUGCAUGAUGUGGGCUUGUAUGAGCAAUCGUAUGAUGACUGCCUUUGCGCUUUGGAUUUCGGUUAUCCGGAGGAAUUUUAUCCUUUGAUUAAACUACGUCAAGCCUCUUGUGCCUUAAAAAUGCGUAAUUUUAAUCUAUGCGAGGAACAUUUACACGAACUCCUUCAUAUGAAACUUUCUGAAUCUUUUGAGAAACGUACUUAUGAGAUUUGGCACGAAUGCGAAAUUUUAAAAGCGGAAAAAAUCGAAAUGGGAGUACAAACAGGAGACGAUCUACAAAGGAAUAUAGACAAAGUGUACGAAGUAGCCUGGCUUGAUAACACCAAUGUAAUAACCACCAAUAAGGGCGCCUUUUUACGCGCCACUGCAAACAUUUCCACCAACACACCGGUUUUCCAAGAGGAUGCAAUUGUUUUUGUGAGUAAUGAUGAGGCACGCGUAUGCGAUAAUUGUGCAAUAACGCAAUUUGUACCAUUCCCCUGCGUCUUCUGCACUAAUCGUUCAGCAGUUUAUUGCUCUCGUAAAUGUCGCUUUGAGCACGCUUCCAUACACUCCGUCGAAUGCUUUGCUCAUCAAAUAGAGCUAUUCGAAGAGUUUAGUGAGGAAUUUUCGAAUCCACGCCUGCUACAGCUUGCCCUGCGUAUGCUUAUAACAGGACUACCGCAAGUGCUACCACAUUGUCGCAAAAAACCGACCGUAAAUAAAAUGUGGUCUGCGUUUAAUGGUAUCCUGAAAGAGCGUACCGAUAUACCAUACUCCGCAAUGUUACACCUAGAUGCGUACGCUGAUCAGGAGGAUGCAGAAAGUCUGAUCACAUUCGCUAUAAUGGCGCAUAUAAUGGCAAUAUACCUAAAUGAGUGUACAGAUUUUUUUGAAUUUCUGGAGCACGCCUUGCCGGUAACAGCGAAAUUAACAAACAACGAAUGGGAACUACUCUCAGCUGCUUUGCUGAUGCGUCACAUAUGCCAGUUGCGUCAUAAAAGUCUCAUACACUGCCCGUCCUUCGUGUUGCCUACCGAUCCGCAUGUCAUUGCACCAGUCAAUGAAUUUCAUGUGUGGGCAAAAAUCAAACACGUACGCGAAGGUCAACUGCAUUUGCUUGCCGGCAAUAUGGCUAAUGUGGUGCUAGCCGUCUUUCCUCAGAAAUUAAGCCUAUGCCGGCAAUCUUGCGUCGAUACUAUAUACUGUAAAUUUUCGGGCCGAACAAUAACAGCAUACACUACAUGCGAUCUAAGUGCAGGAACUAUGAUUUCAAAUUGUUUCGCCAGCACCAACUAUCGACAAUCGUUGUACGAAACACGAAAGCUGGAACUGAACGCUAAAGGCAUCGAAUGCAAAUGCGAAAAGUGCUUUCGUCCAAAUCCCGAUGAGGAUUUUCAUAAAUUUCAUCGCUAUCGCUGUGAUAAUCAAAAUUGUAAGCAAAUAUUCACACCACCAUACUUGAAACGCACCCGAAAUUUAAAAUGGUGGAAUUCCGAUUAUUAUACGUGCCCCGAAAAUAACGGCUCCGAGUUAUUGGUGUGUAGCGUUUGCGAUGAAACCCAGAAAUUGGAAUGGUUUUGGGCCUUUAACGCUGCACUGGUUGACUGUGAUUCUAUCGAAGAACGAUGUAAAUUAUACGCGGCUAUCGAACAAGCCGAAAACCAUCUCAUUGAGAUGCACGAGAUGAAAGUGGCGCUUGCCAGGCAAUUAGUACAGAACUGCCUGCUCGUGCAUAGAGAAACCUCUAAACCACUCGACGAAUGGGAAUUUAACAAACUUGGCUCCACGAUGAGAAGUGCGCUCAACAUCGUCGCUGCACAGUACAACGCCUAUAGCCUCGAGUAUGUACAGCAUAUGUCCUAUUUCUGGGACGUUAUGGCAUUGAGCACUUAUAAAUGCAGUGAUAAGGAACUAAUGCAAAUGCUAAAUGCACUCGAAUAUAUACCAGAUGAAUUUAAGGAAGUAUUUAUUAAUUAUUACGAAGAUUUCAUAGCGCCAAAAUUUGCUGAUGAGACUUAUUCAAACGUUCUGGAUACACAAGUUUGAGAUCCUAUU